UUCUCUUCACACUUCUCAUCAUCCCCUCCCACCCCUCCUCUCUUUUAUAAAACCCCCCCUCUUAUCUCAUUUCAAUCCCAUUCUUCUUCUUCUUCUUCUUCUUCUGCUCUUUCUCAUCAUCAAAAAACUAAACUAAACAAACAAACAAACAAACAACAAAAUGGCCGAUCACAGGCUCCCUAAUUUCCUCUUAUCCGUCCGCCUUAAAUACGUUAAACUCGGCUACCAUUACUUAAUCUCCAACGCCAUGUACCUUCUCUUACUCCCUUUCCUCGCCGCUCUCUCUGCUCAUCUCUCCACUUUCCAAUUUCAAGACUUCCUCCAUCUUUGGAACAUCCUCAAUUUCAAUCUCCUCUCUGUUGCACUCUGUUCUUCCCUCCUCGUUUUCCUCACUACCCUUUACGUUAUGACCCGACCCAGAAAAGUUUACCUCCUUAACUUCUCUUGUUACAAGCCCCAUCCUGCUAGGACUUGCGAAAGAGGGACCUUUCUUCAUAGAUCGGAGCUCACUGGGAGUUUUACUGAGGAGAAUUUGGGGUUCCAGAAGAAGAUUCUCGAGAGGUCUGGUUUGGGGGAGAAAACUUACUUGCCCGAGGCUGUUAUGAGAAUCCCGCCGAAUCCUUGUAUGGACGAGGCGAGGAAGGAGGCGGAGGCUGUUAUGUUUGGUGCCAUUGAUGAAUUAUUGGAGAAGACGGGUGUGAAGGCUAAGGAUAUCGGGAUUUUGGUGGUGAAUUGUAGUUUGUUUAAUCCUACACCUUCUUUGUCUGCUAUGAUUGUUAAUCAUUAUAAGCUUAGAGGGAAUAUUUUGAGUUAUAAUCUUGGUGGUAUGGGUUGCAGUGCUGGUCUUAUCUCCAUUGAUCUUGCUAAACAACUCUUGCAGGUACACCCAAAUUCGUAUGCCUUAGUAGUAAGCAUGGAGAACAUCACACUAAAUUGGUACUUCGGCAACGACCGAUCAAUGCUGGUCUCAAAUUGCCUAUUCCGAAUGGGCGGUGCUGCCAUCCUUCUCUCAAACCGCCCUUCAGACCGCCGUCGUUCAAAGUACCAACUCAUCCACACCGUCCGAACUCACAAAGGGUCCGACGACAAAUGCUACAAUUGCGUUUUCCAACAAGAAGACGACACCGGGCGUGUAGGCGUACGUCUCUCCAAAGACUUAAUGGCCGUGGCUGGAGAAGCUCUGAAAACAAACAUCACAACGCUCGGCCCACUGGUCCUCCCAAUGUCAGAACAACUGCUGUUCUUCGCAACACUGGUAGCCAAGAAAAUCUUCAAAAUCAAGAAAAUAAAGCCGUACAUCCCGGAUUUCAAGCUGGCGUUCGAGCAUUUCUGCAUCCACGCGGGAGGGCGGGCGGUGUUGGACGAACUGGAGAAGAACCUUGAUCUGAGUGAAUGGCAUAUGGAGCCGUCGAGAAUGACGCUGAACAGAUUUGGGAAUACGUCGAGCAGUUCGUUGUGGUAUGAAUUGGCUUAUAGUGAAGCGAAAGGGAGGAUCCGGAAAGGGGAUAGGACAUGGCAGAUUGCGUUCGGGUCGGGAUUCAAGUGUAACAGUGCGGUGUGGAGGGCGUUGAGGACGGUUAAUCCGGCGAAGGAGAAGAAUCCAUGGAUGGAUGAGAUUCAUGAGUUUCCUGUGGAGGUUCCAAGAGUGGCCCCCAUUCAUAAACCUUGAAUGAAGAAACAAACAAUAUCAAAAUUCUUUUUACCUUUUCUUUUCUUUUCUUUUGGGAUUAUUAUUCAUUUUAGGUCUUUUUAAUUCUUGUUUGAUUUGCCUACUUCUACUUCUUCUUCUUCUACUUCUUCUUCUUCUUCUUCUUCUGUGUAUGUGGAUGAUUUUGUGUAUUUCUUGUAACUUUUGUUAUACAAACAACCAUUGUUCAUAUUGGAAUUGGUCUUUAGUUCAAAACAAAGUGUAAUAUUAUUCAUUCACACACUCUCAAUUUAUGGGCCCUUUCUCUUUCUUUA